AUGUAAAUUCCAAAUUACGAUAGAGACUCAGUAUGCUCAUUUUUCAAGAAGCUUACAGGAGAUAUUUUAUUUUAUUUGGAUGAAAUGAAAUCUGACUUUGCUAAAAACCCUCCUCAAACUAAUAUAAAAGAUAGAGUGCUUGUAAUUAUCAUUUCUAAAUUAGUUAUGGAAAGAUAAAUAUUAAUAAUCACUCAAUCAAUGUAUAAUGACAUAUAUUAUGAAAACAGAAUAAGUUGAUGUGUCUUAAUUCUAAUUUAAAGAGUUUUUAGAUAAAGUGACUGAUGAAUAUUAAAAUGAUUAAGAAUUUAUGGAUUUAUUAAAGCAUUGUAAUUAAAGCAUAGAAAAUCUUAAAGAUUUUAUUAGAACAAAUUUAGCUAAAGAUCCUUCCAUUUAUGUAAUUAAGGAUAUCUGA